AUGUCGCCGUCGUUACAACAACUUGGUCUCAACUACCCCGGUUGGGAAGCGGACAAGGCAGCCGCCGAGAAGAUCUUCGUCGAGCACUCACUGUACGAUGUACUGAUGCAGGAGAAGAUCAUUGGCAUGCGCCGCAAGCAGCGAUUGCAUGAAACGGGCGACGAUCGCUCGCAAAUACCGCACCUUCACACGCUGGACUCGACCAUGUUUACGUAUCAGGGAUGGCAGACGGACAAGGAAGAUGCCGAAAAGCGUCUCGUCGGAGAUUGUUCCGUCUUGCAGCUGGGCAGUUAUCACAACAAGUACAACCAAAUGAAAAAGAAGGAAAGUCUGAGCAGUGGAGAUCGAUCCAACAUUGACUGUCUGAGAGAGAUGGAUAAUACUCAUUUGAGUUAUCCAGGAUGGCAACGAGAUGUUGAGAUUGCGGAACAAAUCUACGUACAAUACGUGACUCCGGUGCGAUUCUACGAAAAGCUCCAUGCCAUGCAAAACAAACAGCGACUGAUGGAAGGAGACCGUUCUCAUCCGGAUAUUGCGGCGAUGGACAAGGCGCGGUUUACGUACCAAGGAUGGGAGGUGGAUCAGAAGGAACUGAUGGAUCGACAUACCGGAGAUUGUACAUUGUUCCAGCUGGGUAUCACUUGCUCCUUUCUCUUUAGCAAGAUGCAAAAGAAACAACAAAUGCACGAGGAUCGGGCCAGCAUACCCGUAUUAAAGUCGUUGGAUGACUACCAAUUCACCUAUCUCGGGUGGGAAACCGACAAGCAAACGGCAGAGGGGUACUUUACCGAUUUUUCCACUCUGGAUCGCUUUCAAGACAAGGUGGUGGCCAUGAGGAACAAACAAAAGCUGUUGGUAGAUGGCGACCGAUCGCAUCCCGACCUCGUUGCCUUGGACUCGGUUCAAUUCACAUAUCCUGGGUGGCAUCAGGACACACAAUCUCUGGAGAAGCGUCAUACCGGCGAUUGCACCGUCUUGCAACUUGGAUCCUUUCAUUCGACCUUCAAAAAGAUGAAGAAAAAGCAAAAGCUCUUUGAGACCCGUGGUACUGGCAAUACUUGUAGUUCGUCGUUGGAACCAACCGUCAAUGAUCGGAUAAUGGCUCUUGUGGAACAGCAGCAAACAGGUCCCGGUGAUGAUGAUGACCUGGACAAGAGAGACAAAAAGUGCGUGGUGUGUUUGGAGAAAGAACCAGUCUGCGCCUUUAUCCCUUGUGGACACCUCUGUGUCUGUUCGGGAUGCGUGCCCUGCUUUGAACGUGCGGCAGAAGCCAAGUCGGGCGAAUUGACAUGUCCGCUGUGUCGAAAGAGCGCCAUCUCCGUGACGAGGAUCUUUGCCUAA